AGCUACCGCACCCAAACACAAUAUAUUGUAAGGCCUGGUGUUGGUAGUGGGUAUUGGCGUCUGAGCGGUGGGAGCUGGGCCAUCGGGGCAGCGGACACCAUUUUCAUAGCUGGGAUCGCGGCCAAAGGGGGCGAGGACAGCAGUGCAUAGCUGGUGCGGUGGCCAUUGCGGGGACCGGGAUAGCAGGGUUUAUAGCUGGGACAGCACUUCGAGGCUGGGACAGCAGGGAGGGUUUAGAGUUUUAGUUUGAUAUGUCUGGAACGGAGGAGGACGCAACUCUGAGCGCGAGGUUGGAUGAGGCGCUACGAGCUAUAGAGGAGGCCAAGGCUGAGACGAAGGAGGCCAAAGCUGAAACGGAGGAGCUUUGGGCAGCACAGCGGCGGUCGGCGGGUGCACCUGCCGGCAGCAGCUCAGGAGGCGACGGUCUAGUUGCUCCUGGAGGGGCUUCAUCUGCACCGGUGAGGCCAAUGUGGCCAGGCGGGGUGAGUCAUGAUGGCGGUACUGGGGUGCCGGGCUUGCCUCUGGGAGGUACAAUUGUCAGAACUCCUGUGCCUAGAAUCCCGCCUAAUUGCACCGCCGACACUUUUCUCAGUUGGCGGAGACGCUUUCUGGCCUACGUGGACAACCACAAUCUCCAGCACACAAUCUUCGGCAGUGCUGAGGUUCCCGUUGUCAGUUGUCAGGAUGAAGGAUACUUGACACGCCAGUAUGGUGCACAGCUGGUUGUUGAGCACAAGAGGACAUGGAGUUUUAUCUUGGAGGCAGCGGUGGGGGCCCCAUUUGAGAACAACCUGUACUCUUGCCAUUCCGUGGCAGGGGCGUGGAGGAUGAUGGAGGAUUGGUAUUUGCCGAACCACCCAGCUGAUUGUCAGCUCCUCGUCGCCGAGCUAGAUAAUAUAACCAUGAGUGAUGAUGAGGACCCCAAGCUUUUCUUCUCGCGCGUGGCACAACUGGAGACCAAGUUGCGGGCUGUGGGCAUUGCUAAGAGUGAGCAGGAAGUUGUGCGGAUCCUUGUGCGCCAACUCCCCGCACGCUACGAUGUCGAGAAGCGCACCAGUCUUUCCAAUCGUGAUUUAACCCGCGCUGAGUUGCAGGACGUCGUGCGUGGUCGAUAUGCCACGCUCAAGGCCAGCGAGAUGAGGGAGCGAGGGUCGGCAGCUUUGACGCCGGCGGUUUCUGUCAACCCCCAUGCUCUUGUUGUGGGCCGUGGUUUUGGACACGGCGGCAACGGGGGGAGCGGGGGGGGCGGAGGCCAACGGCGGAAUGGCAACAACGGCGACGGCCGCGGGCAACACUGGUCCUCUGGGGGCGGUGUUGUCCAACAGCAACAGCCGCAGUUGCAGGUGCAGCAGUACCGGCAGCCGCAACAGUCGCAGCGGCAGAUGCAACAGCCGAACAAACAGCCGCAGCGGCAGAUGCAACAGUCGUACCCACAGCCGCAGCAGCAGAUGCGACAGCAGCAGCCGUACCAACAGCAGUCGCAGAUGCAGCCGUACCGGCAGUCGCAGCAGCAGCCGCAGCAGCAGCGGCAGCAGCAACAGCCCGCUUUGAACGGUGUUGGUGGCAUCUACGAUUGCGGUAGUAAUGCCGUGUAUCAUCAGCCGGAAUCACUACCUCCACCUGGCGCGCCGAUGGGCACAGUGCACAGAUGCGGCCGCUGUGGAAGGCACGGCACGGUCACCACGCCAUAGAUUGCGCCGCCCCCCGCAGGUUCGAGGGCACGUGCGGUGCAUGCGGCCAGUACGGUCACAUGUGGCGCAACUGUGCCAAGAGCAACCGGCACCCCCACCUCAACGUCGUCACUUCUGCUGGUGCCCUCGGUGCGGAGUACGCGUACACCACUGCGGAUACAUCGGCCGUCCAAUUUCGUGAUGUCCCGGCGGCCGAUGGCGUAUACUACAGUGACACCAUGCUGGCCGGCGCUGGUGGCGGCGGCAACGGUGGUGGUGGUGCUGGCGGUGGCGGCAGCGGCGGUGACAAUGGCGAUGGUGGCGGUGGAGCGAUCGUACAGCAGC